AUUUAAUUUAAAGCUUAAGUGAUGGAACAAUCAACAUCCACUACCAAGUGUCCAAGUACCCACAAACUUACCCUACCACCGCCCACAACAUAUGAACACUGCUUACUCUUAUAAACUCCGGAUAUUGCGAUCAGGUCUUUCUGGCUCUUUCCUUUCUUCUUUCCCGCCAUUGUUGCUGCUUCUCUUUUCAAUCAAAAACUCUCAUUUUUCAUGGAUUCUGAGACUAAUCCUCCUAAGUCUGUCAAAACCAGGCAUAAAUGCUCAGCUUGCUAUAAGCAAUAUAACAAAAAAGAGCAUCUUGUGGAGCACAUGAAGGUCUCAUACCACUCGGUGCACCAACCUAAAUGUGGAGUAUGUAAGAAACACUGCAGAUCAUUUGAAUCUCUCAGGGAGCAUUCAAAAGGUUUGUUGGCAAAAGACAAUUGCAGUAGAAUCUUUCAUGAACUGGGAUGUGGUCUUUGCAUGAAAAUAUUUGACAGCUGCAUUUUGUUAAGUGAGCAUAAAUGGACUUGUCAGCUACCUCCACCUACUCGCCUUGGUACAAUAUCAUUGCCUUCUAUGGAACUGAAAAACUCGAUUUCUGACAGAAGCAAUGGUGUCCCGAAGAUUCAUGAAGCAGUUGCGAUGGACUGUGAAAUGGUUGGAGGUGGUAGUGAUGGAACUCUUAAUUUAUGUGGUAGGGUUUGCCUUAUUGAUGAGAACGAGGAUAUAAUAUUUCAUGCUUAUGUAAAACCUCAGAUGCCUGUUACUGAUUACAGAUCUGAUUUGACUGGCUUAAGUGAAGAACAUCUAAGAGAUGCAAUGCCUUUGAAAGAAGUGCAGGAAAAGAUUCUGGAAAUCCUAUAUAAUGGUGAGUCCAUAGGAAUAGUGAGAGUUGAUGGUGGAAAGGCCAAGCUUCUUGUGGGUCACUCUCUGGAGCAUGAUUUGGAUUGUUUGAAUAUGACUUAUCCAGACCACCUGAUCAGGGAUACUGCCAAAUAUCAUCCGCUGAUGAAAACAAAUUUGGUCAGCCACUCACUCAAAUAUCUGACAAAAAUGUACCUUGGCUAUGAUAUUCAGAUGGGAAUACACGAUCCGUACGAAGACUGUGUCUCUGUAAUGAGGCUGUACAAGAGAAUGCGUGACCAAGAUCAUCUCAAAGAUUUCGUGGGAUCAUGCUUACCCAGUCAGGUUACUGAAUUUAUUACCAAUGAGUUUGAUUGUUGCAAAAUGAAAGAUCUUGAGAAGCUGACACCUGAUGAACUAUUCGAGAUGUCAAGGUCAAAGUAUCGUUGUUGGUGUUUGGACACAGUCCCGAAUGUACGGCUAUAAAUAAGUCCCUAGUUGAUGCCGCUCAACUUGAGAGCACAGCAAAGAGUCUGAAGAGUUGAAAAGUUGUGAAUAGUGAAUACUAGUGAAAGGUUUUGUUACCGUGGUCUGUUCAUAGUAUCGGUUGAAACUUGAAACCAUAGGGUUCGGCUUAUCCAUAAUCAAAUUAGAGGAAUUAACCCCCUUUUGGAAUUAAGUCUUUGGUACAGUUAGAAAUAGAAUCAUCUGAGUUCCAGGGUAUGUAAUUUUGGGAGCACAAACUCUGUAUUUUCGCUCCUAAAACCCGAACAAUGUGGAUCAGUGGAUGUAGUUAAACUCCAGGGUAGUUACUUGACUUCGGUUUUCUGGCCAUCCGGUCACCGUACAUCUAUUACCCUAUAUUAGAGAAUGGCCUUUAAACAGAAUUAUCUAUGAAUUUUUUUUAUGUUCCACAGUUUUGUAGAUGACCAUAACCGUGUUAAAAUUUCA